UUUCUAACACGAUUUUCAGCUUUAACAUCACAAAUUAACAUUGACAGUGCAUCAAAGUAAAAACAGGUUCAUAAAUAAUAAUAAUUUAACCACAGAUGGAGAGAUGGUGGAGACUGUAUCAUGGUGGAGACUAUCAUAUUAUAUAAUGUAUACUCUGUACUAUUCUGUGUUCGUUAUUUGAAAAAACUAAAUCAAGACAUGCCUCCCCUCUAGGGAUGGUGAAGGGCAGUGCCAAUGCAAGGGAUGGAGAAGGGCAGUGCCAAUGCGAGGGAUGGAGAAGGGCAGUGCCAAUGCCAGGGAUGGAGAAGGGCAGUGCCAAUGCGAGGGAUGGAGAAAGGCAGUGCCAAUUCCAGGGAUGGUGAAGGGCAGUGCCAAUGCCAGGGAUGGAGAAGGGCAGUGCCAAUGCCAGGGAUGGAGAAGGGCAGUGCCAAUGCCAGGGAUGGCGAAGGGCAGUGCCAAUGCCAGGGAUGGCGAAGGGCAGUGCCAAUGCCAGGGAUGGGCCAGGGAUGGUGAAGGGCAGUGCCAAUGCCAGGGAUGUUGAAGGGCAGUGCCAAUGCGAGGGAUGGAGAAGGGCAGUGCCAAUGCCAGGGAUGGUGAAGGGCAGUGCCAAUGUGAGGGAUGGUGAAGGGCAGUGCCAAUGCUAGGGAUACUACUUGCACCUGCUUAUGUUUUACUUUAAGGUUCAAUCAACACCUUGACAAUAAAGCACAUUCUUUACAAGCAUAGAUGUGUGUAAGGUGGCUAGGAGCAUUACAAACGAUAGGUGUACAUGUGUUGAGCGGCCAGCAGGUGGCUAGGACUCCUGCAGAAUGCAGGUGGCUAGAAACAACGAUAUGUAAAAGGGUCCCUUUUUUUUGACAGCGGUUUCUUAAGAACAAUAGAAGAAGAAUGCAAAUCGCAAUUAAAUAAAGAUUGUUUCGCAAGAGGAGCUAUAAUCUUCAUGAUGGGAAAGGGUGAUUAUGUUGUGUAUUCGAUGUGUCACAAUGCAUUGUGGAAUGAAUGCCUGUGAGCCUACACUGAGUGCCUGAGAACCCAGACCAGUUAGAAGAACUGCCUGGCUGAAAUGUGUUACUUAUUUAAAACGCAGAGAAGACUCCGGUAAGCCAGAUGUUUGUGUUUAUGCAUGUUCUUUUUUUUCAGAUUUACAUUGGAGUAGGAUCAAUGAAUCACUUCCUUGAAUGAAUGGAAUCCCCCUCCCAGUCCCUCAUUAAGUGUGCCUAUUAAAAGUAGACCAGUGAGUCUUCACAGUGUGUCUUUCAACAGUGAAGCUAAAGGUGGAAACUGGAAGACCCUGAAAGAAGACUUUGACCAAAACUUUUUUUGCCUUUAUUUUGCUUUUAGUUUGUUUGAAACUUUUUUUUCUUUUUUCUUCAUUUACAAAAAAAUAAAUAAAUAAAUAAAAGAGAAAUGUACAUUAUCAAUGCACGGGACGGAAAUGCACACGUUCUGUAAAAGCGAUUUACUGGCUGGACAUAUACGAACACGCUCCUUUACAGACUUCGAUCAAGUCUUAAAAAACGCAGGCUUAAAAACCCUGCAAGACCAAGACUGAAGCCUCAUUCCGUGUCGUGAAAAAUACAGAACGUUUGUAUCUGGAUUUCUGAAAAAAAAAAAAAAAAAUUACAACAACUUUUCUUUUCUGAAAACACAAAAAUGAAUGGCAGCUGCGAGCUCCAGAACUCGCUCCUCCUCCAGCCGGCGUGGGAUCCAAUCAGGUGUCGGCAGGACAUCCUGCUCUCUCCCCUCUUCCCAGCAUGCUUCUCCUUCGUGGCCAAUGUCUCCCUGUGCCUCCCCUUCGCUGUGCUGGAGUGCCUGGGGCAGUGGUGGCCGUGGCUCUGGCGCUAUAAGCUGCGUGGCUUGGGUCCCGUGGGUCCCACGGCGUGGUGGGGCUGCCUCGGGAGGGUGGCGUGGAACCAGGUGGCCUGCAUCCUUCCCACGACCCUGCUGAUGCACUACCUCCUCCGACCCCCCUCCAGCCUGCCUCCGGAAGCCCCGUCCUGCCUCAGGUUCCUGUCGGAGGUGGUGCUGUGUCUGCUCCUGUUUGACACCAUGUACUUCAUGUUUCACGUGCUGAUCCACAGGGUGCCCUGGCUGUUUAUGAAGAUCCACAGUGUUCACCACGAGGUGCAGGACCCCUUUGCCCUUGCAGCGCAGUACUCCAGCUACUGGGAGGUGCUGUCCCUGCAGGGCUUCGCCGUCUCCAGCGCGGCUCUGCUGGGCUGCCACCCGCUCAGCGAGAUCACCUUUCACCUCCUCAACAUCUGGCUAUCGGUGGAGGAUCACUGCGGUUACGACCUGCCCUGGGGCACCCACCGCCUGCUGCCCUUUAACCUCUUCGGAGGGGCCCCCUUUCACACCAUCCACCACCAGCGCUUCAGAGUGAACUACGCCCCCUAUUUCACCCACUGGGACCGGAUCUUUGGGACCUACAUGGGCCCCACCCUGAAAAAGUAGGGGUGCAACUGGACCCCCCAAUUCACUGAAAGGACUCUUUUUAAAGAAUGUUUAGUUAAGGGCUGUUUUUUUUAAUAUUAUUAUUAUUAUUUCACAAUAACUGUUUUUUUUUUGUUUUUUUAGUUUAAUAGUUUAUUUUCAAAUCUCAGUUCAGCCUAUAAGGGAAUGUUUUAUAAACAUUGGACUCUUUGUCAAACUUUAAGGAACGUUUUAGUUUUUUCCUGGCCCUACUCCUAUUGACAGUGGUAUGGCACUGGCGUCUAAUUUUUCGUUCCAAACCCUUCCACGUUCCUGCUUGAUAAAAGACAACUCUGUUUGUUACAAGAGUAAGUAAUGAGGUUUGUGAGGUAACUAAUACUUGGAAGAUGAUUCAUAAAAAAAAAACAAGUGCUGGGCAAAGUGCUCUCAGUGUGUGUAUUUGUUUGGCAGUGAUGGGGUUAAUUCCAUCCCUGUGGAAUAUGUCUUGAUCAAUUAAGCCCCAACCACAUGGUAUAAAAGCAGAGAGAAAUCCUUUGUGUGGGAAGAGGGGUUUGGAAGAAGUGUUCCAGUGAAGGCAGCUGCUCAGCCUGAAACCAUUAGGUGUGU